AUGUUGUUGGAUGCCAGCCAGCGGCGAGGAAGCAGUCUAGUAAGCCGUCGGCCUGACCAUGGUGGUCAUUCCUGAUGGAGAAGCCUUCGGUGGGGAGGAAUAAUUCGGUGGGGAGGAGUAACUCGGCGGGGAGGAAUAACUCGGCGGGCCUGAUGGCGCAUGGGAGGACGAUGGUAAGUUGGACGAUCGCGAUGCGCUCGGCGCUUCAGAUGGGUACGCCCACGACGGAGCAGCCGACGAUGAGCUCGGCAGUGCCGAAGCGCCGGAUGAAGAGGCAACCGAUGCAGUGCUAGACGGACUCUUCGAUGCGCUCGGUGAGGACGGCUGGGCUGAAGGCGACGAUGGGGCCACCGAGGGCGAGCUGGACGCUGGAGCGCUGGAUGAGGGAGCGGCCGAGGGCGACGAUGGGGCCACCGAGGGCGAGCUGGACGCUGGAGCGCUGGAUGGAGCGACCGAAGGCGACGAUGAGGCCACCGAGGGCGAGCUUGCCGCUGGAGUGCUGGAUGAUGGAGCGACCGAGGGCGACGAUACCGGCGUCUUUGAUGCACUUGGCGAGGACGGCGCUGCUGAAGGCGACGAUGGGGCCACCGAGGGCGAGCUCACUAUUCUCGAUGCGCUGGGUGACGACACAACCGACGACGGCUUCGAUGCGGUAGGUGAAGAAGGCUUAGCUGAAGGCGACGAUGGGGCCACCGAAGGCGAGCUCGCGAUUCUCGAUGCGCUGGGCGACGACACAAUCGACGACGGCUUUGAUGCGGUAGGUGAGGACGGACUGCCAGACGCGAUAGGCGACGCUGAAGGGGAGCCCGAUGCGCUAGGCGACGACGAAACUGAUCCGCUAGGCGACGACGAACUGCCGGACGCGGUAGGCGACGCUGGAGGGGAGCUCGAUGGCGUCUUGGAUUCGGUUGGUGCGGACCCGCUGCUGGAGCUUGCUGAAGAACCUUGA